UCAGAAGCCCUUGCACGGGCAUUGCAAGAAAAGGUGGCGGCACUGCUGCUUUUAUCACAACAGGAAGAAAGACAUUUACUGGAGAGAAACGUUAAUGCAACUCUUCAGAAAAAAAUAGACGAGCUUCAGAGAAAUUUGCUUCAAGUUACAAAUGAAAAGGUGAACGCUCUCUUGGAGUUGGCACAGUUAAAGCGGAAAUAUCAGUUAUUGCAAGAGAAAAUCAGUAAUGAUAUGAAACAAGGGAAUGUUUUGGCUGAAGUCACGACAGAAGAAUUGUUGAUUAUGAAAGGGAUGGAAGAUGCCAGGGGAAAUGAAGCUGAAGCUCAGCAAAAUAGCACGGAUUUUGCUAGAAUGAGGAUUGAAAAUGCUUCACUGAAGGAGAGCAUGGAAAGUGUGGACCACCUGACUUCUACACUUCACAGAUUGUGUCUUUCACUUCUUAAGGUAACAGAGUCUGUUCCUUCUGAAGUUACUGAUACUAAUGCGUCAGAAGCUCUUGAUGAGAUCAUUACUGAAGCAAAACUUGUGAAGACUGCCCUUGGCAGCUCACUGCCAGUUAGUUGGUCAGCCGAGGGAGUUGGUGAAUCAAUUGGAGAAAGUAUGGAAAGUGAGCCAGGUGAUAUGUUUGAGGAUUCCAAUUGCGAGAAAAUAGAUUCAGUUUCUGCUGCAGGGUUUGAGAUUGUGGAUCUGCUGAUACUUGCUGCUCAGAUAUUGAAGGAAAGAACCAGACCUUGCUCUUGCUGAUUUUUAUUCCAGUCUUGUGAUGCCAAGCUGUCCGUAUAGUAAAUGGGUAAAUCAGGAGAGCCACCCUUUUUGUCGCAGCAGGGAGGUAAGAAAAGCAAAAUUUUUGUUUCCUGGGGGAGAAUGCCUGACAUCUGUGCAGCUGAGGAUGGGAUGAAUUCCAUGACUGGUCAGCAGCCAGCCAGUAAUCUUUUUUAUUAUAGCUACUACAAUGUAAAAUGGAGUUGUCAACAGAUAAUGGGGAGUGAGCGGUAUCUCCCCAGAGAAAACUAUACAUCUGUCUGUGAUUAAUCUGUUCAGAAGCUGAAUUUACAAAUGCGUUUACAAUUUACUUUCAAAAUAUCAAAGGUUCGCUGCCACUCCAAUUCUCCACUAAACAGGGCGUUUCCUUUUACAACCAACAAUAUUUUUGGCUCCAUCAAUGGAUAGAAUUAAACUUAAUUUACACGUAGUUCAAAACUGUGAACAUAUCGUCCGAUCUCAUUUUCCUCAUUUAAUUAUUCUACAGUUAAAAUACUAUUAACAUUUACAUUACCUUUUCUUUGUUAUUUUAUCUUAUGAAUAUCUAUUUUACAGUCCAAGACGGGGUAAUAAUACUCAUUUUGCGUAAUUUUUUUUACAAAGGAAAUCAGAAAUUAAAAAAAAAAAUGCAUAUAUUAAAAUUUGAAUUCACUUGAACAAUCUAAGCUCUCGGACUCAUCAUAAACCUUUUUCAUUUAUGCAAAAAUAACGAUUUUAUUAAUAAACUGUUUUCAGAAUCAAAGAGGCUAUGAGUACUAUAGCAAAUGAAAAAAAGGGUAGAUUUAAUGAGUUAAUUAUAAUUCGGUAUUUGAAUUUUGAGAAAAUAUAUAAAUUGGGUAAUAAAGAAAUAAAAUAUAUAAUUCACACCUCAAAUUUGUAAAUAGUGUAUAAUUUACACCAUAAGUUUUUAAAUUAUG